UGCAACUUAGUAGUCGCUGAAAUUUACAGAGUUUAGCUAAAUUAAACGUUUUAACAACAAAUGUUGGAGGCGCAGUAAAUGAAACGUGAAAUAAUGCGCUGCAGUGACACAAUGCAGCUGCAUGCACCCGCUUGAAAUGUUGCACUUAAUUUAGAAAAAAGAACAGAAGUAGGAAAUUUUUGUUUUCUUUUUGAUAAUCACGAAAAAAAAAUUGUACAAAAAAGAAAGCUUUAAAAUGUGCGACGGUGAAAUUUCGGAGCUAGUGACUCAGCAAGCAGUUCAAAGUGACGAAACGCAGACCGCUCAAUUAGAUGAGUCCGACAACGAGCCACAAAGUCAAGCGAAAACGCACCGCAAUUCAAAAUUGGAUGCACCAGUGCCGGUGCCCGUUUCCCAUAUCGAAUACCAUAAUGUGAAUAAAUGGGUGGUAGAAGACGUAGUUAAUUGGGCCAGCAAUGUGGAGCAUACUUCGCCUACGCUUAUAAGCUGCCUGCGCUUGGAAGCUAUCGAUGGUGAAGUGCUACUGGCCCUCAGUGAGGAUGAUGUGCGUGAUCUACGCUAUAGAUUGGGGUACAAUUUGGGCUUUGGUGAGCUGAAGAAGUUCUGGCUGGCUGUCUCGAAACUGAAGUCAAAAAUUAAUAUCACACCGGAUGCUACUUGUCCCCUGGUCCUGGGGAUAGCGCAGGCGGGCUAUACAAAUUCCACCAACAUGUUUGUGCCGCUUACAUUGACUGCGCCACCCGCUUCUACGUGCCCAUGUCCGCCGGAUUGUCCCAGUUAUGUGAGCGACUGUGCUGAAUAUAUACGACGCCUUUCAAACAAUUCUAUAGCACCGGAAUAUUUUAAAACGGCAAUUAGUUUAGGCUACUCAUUCGUUGUCACCUGGAUAACGUCGUUCGUCAUGGUAAUCGUUCAUGAACGUGUCCCCGAUAUGAAACGCUAUCCACCGCUGCCUGACAUAUUCCUCGACAAUGUCCCGCACAUACCAUGGGCUUUUAACAUGUGCGAAAUCACCGGCUCGCUUCUUUUCACCAUUUGGCUUAUGGUUCUCAUAUUCCAUAAAUAUCGGAUGGUAUUGCUGCGUCGUUUCUUUGCCUUGGCGGGCACGGUUUUCCUAUUGCGAUGUGUGACAAUGCUGAUUACUUCGUUAAGCGUGCCGGGCACGCAUUUACAGUGCAAUCAGAAGGAUUUCGCCAUCGAUGAUCCCAAUGUGGACAUGGUGGGUGCCUUAUGGAUUAGAAUGACGCGCGCCUACAAAAUCUGGAGCGGUCUGGGCAUGUCUAUUCAGGGCGUUCGCACCUGUGGCGAUUAUAUGUUUAGUGGACACACUGUGGCGUUGACUUUGCUGAACUUUUUCAUCACAGAAUACACUCCACGCAAUUUGUACUUUUUGCACACGCUCACUUGGCUGCUGAAUAUGUUUGGCAUUUUCUUUAUACUGGCGGCACAUGAGCAUUAUUCAAUCGAUGUGUUUGUGGCCUUCUACAUAACAUCUCGCCUGUUCCUUUACUAUCACACGCUCGCUAAUAAUAGGGCGCUAAUGCAAAGCGAUUCGACCCGCACGCGCAUUUGGUUUCCAAUGUUUAGCUACUUCGAGAGCUCUGUCGAGGGCAUUGUUCCCAAUGAGUUCGACACGCCUGGUACACUGCUCGAUGCGCUGCUUUAUCAAAUUGUUAAGGCGAAAGAUUCAGUUUUCGAGAUGGCGCAUCGCUAUUGGCUAGACGCUCCUAUUACCACAAAGUCCUCCAUUCAAAUGUUUGCCUCAGACACGAAUCUAUGCACCCACACCCAUGCGGUCGCCUCGAAUUUCUUCAGCCCACACCAGUCCAUGGUGAGCGGCAUAGGAACCAACAGUGGCCACGUUUCCAACAACACGGCGACGCCUACUCUAAGCUUUGCACCACAUGCACGUCGUGGUUCCGCAUCGCAGGCCCAGCGUCGCACGAUCCAGGAGUCUAAUGCCACCACUGCCAAUGCCGUAGUUAAUGCACAACCCAAAGACGCUGCCAUUAAAGCGCAUUCCUCGCCAGUGGCGGAAAAGAAGUUACUUUGAUUCAUAGCGGCGUUGGCGGAAGAAGCGCUUCCAAUCCAACAGCGACUGCAUCUAACACUCAUUUUGUUUAAUAGCGUCGUUCUCUUUAAAACUAAAAAGAAAAAACCGACUGAUAUAUUUUA